CGUGUCCAUUUUUUAAAGCUUACAUCCCUUUACCCAUAAAAGAUAUUUAGAGCCUAACUUGUCUCCUUCCAAAGAAAAUGGAGAAUAAUAAUUAUUGGGAAAAAACCAUAUUAUUACAUGAGGAUAGCUCGCCGGAUGCAUCGAAGAACAUUGUGUCAGAAAGGAAUAGGAGGAAGAAACUCAAAGACAAGUUAUUUGCACUUAGAGCUCUUGUCCCAAAAAUAACCAAGAUGGAUAGAGCCUCAAUAGUGAAAGAUGCAAUUGAGUAUAUUGAAGAAUUGCAGAAGCAAGAUAGGAGAAUUCGAGGAGAGAUAUUAGAGCUUGAAUCUAAAAGCUCAAAUAAGAAUAGUACCCAUAUUGAUCUCCAACAUGAAAGCUUUGAUUUUGCAAAGCCCACAACACUUGGAUAUCAUUCUUCCCCAGUUGAUGUUCUUGAGUUGAGGGUAUCUUCAAUGAGAAAUAAGACUGUGGUGGUGAACCUCACUUGCAUCAAAAGAAGAGACACAAUCCUAAAGCUUUGUGACAUCUUUCAAUCUUUGAAUGUCAAAAUAAUUACUGCAAAUAUCCUCACUGCUUCCUCUGGGCCGCUUAUCAGCACAGCUUUCAUUCAGGCUGAUGAGGAAGAGAUUGAUCUUUUGAAGUUGAGGAUUGAAACUGCUAUAGCUUCUCUAAAUAAUCGAGAUAGCCCUAUGAGCUCUUAGAACAACAAUGGCUUGGAUUCAACUAUACAUGUUUCUCCUUCAUGAUAAUGAGGAUGUAUUUAUUCGAAGAGUGGUUUUUUGUUCCAAGUUUGGUCACCUUUGACAGACUAUUUAUGUAGUUUGUAGUUGGUGUUUUUCACAAGAAAUCUCAGUCAAUACAAGUCUACCUUUAUGUCCA